AUGACCGAUAGCAUAUCACUGGAGACGUUGAAGCAGAAAGGGAACAAGGCCUUUUCUCUGAAUAACUAUAACGAUGCCAUCGAACUUUAUACACAAGCGAUUGAAAUAGACCCAAACAACGCAAUUUUGUAUGGGAACCGUGCUUUGUGUCACCUCAAGCUCAAGAAGUACGAAAAUGCGGUCUCCGACUCCAACAAAGCACUAGAACUUGAUCAAAACUACGCCAAAGCGCUCUAUCGCCGUGCCUGCGCAUAUUCGGAACUCGGAGAACUAAAUGCCUCCUAUAAAGACAUACAAGAUCUGAUGAAAAUGGGUCAAACAACUCCUGAGAUCCUCAAACUGCUUACAGAAGUUAAAGUCAAGCUAAAAGACGUGUUUUUUAAGGCAAUUUCUGAAGAAAAGACAAAGAGGGCGCUUGAUUUAGACCCGAAUUCCAUUGUUAUAUCCCCGUCGUACAAAGGCCCAAUGCUUGGCGACCACAUGACACUUGAGUACAUCGAAUCCAUGAUUUGCCAUUUUAGGGACCAGAAGACGAUUGCACUAAGGGAUUGUUACCAGAUCAUCAUCUGGGCCAAUGAAACAUUCGCGAAACUGCCUUCGUUGGUUGAGGUAACUAUCCCAGAGAAUCGUGUUCUGACCGUUUGUGGCGACAUCCACGGACAGUUUUACGACUUUUUGAAUAUUUUCAAGCUCAAUGGAUCCCCCAGCGAGACCAACAUGUAUCUCUUCAACGGCGAUUUUGUGGACAGGGGGCGAUAUUCAUGCGAAGUCAUUUUGACGAUGUUCGCCUACAGAAUUCUCUACCCGAACUCGUUCUUCCUCUCGAGAGGAAACCAUGAGAGCAAAGCCAUGAAUCAAGCAUAUGGAUUCGAGAGAGAGGCGAAACAGAAGUAUGGAAAUGUCGCGUACGACAUGUUUUCCGAGGCAUUCUGCUCGCUGCCCCUUGCCUACGUCAUCAACAGUAAGAUAUUUGUGGUACACGGCGGACUGAGCUCGAAGACGGAUCUUAAGUUAGAGGACAUCAAAAAAAUUGAUCGAUUCAGAGAACCAGCAGACAAAGGACUGAUGACAGAUCUUUUGUGGUCAGACAGCCAGCCCAGUUUGGGUAUCGCACUGAAUCAACGAAGCAUCAGCAUCUGCUUCGGUCCAGAUAUCACUGAAGCUUUUUUGGAGAACAACAAUCUGAGCCUCAUGAUAAGAUCGCAUACCAUGCAACAAGACGGCUACAAAAUCGAGGUUGACGGGAAACUGGUCACUGUGUUCUCCGCUCCUAACUAUUGUGGCACAACGGGCAACCUGGGGUGCUUCAUUAGGCUGACAAACGAGCUAAAGCCUGAAUACGUAACCUUUGAAGCCGUGCCGCAGCCGACGAAGUAGCCUUCCUCACACAGCACCUGCAACAUCUAUGCGUCUGUACACGAACCAAUACACGAUGUCACACUAGCUGUUCGUGCGCACACAAAAGGUGGUGCAUGCAGCGUUAGCAAUAGA